GCGUCUCAGGGCGGACACUGUGCUAUCAGCGCUCCACUCGCAUGUUUUGAUUCCUCAAAGUUACAGUCAGUGGACUAGCUGUAAAAUGUCCACAGUAACGCAACCUGCCAAUGACCAGUAUGUUUUUCGUCGACGUGAGUUUGAAGAGCAGCCGCCAGAGAACCAGAGAAGAUGGCAUACUCCUCAACAACACGUCCACGGUGCACGGCAGACCGCACUACACCACCAGCGACACCGGGCUGAUGGCAGCCGGCCCCGACCUGGACCUCCCAGUGAUCCCAGCGCCAGAUGGCCCCACGUAGAUGACCCCACCACCAGACAGCCUCAGCUGGACGACUGUGAGCGGAUGGGGACUCUGUUUGGGAUGCUCAACAAGUGUCUACGUGGGAUGGGCUUCAGCCAGAUGUACUUUGGGGACAAGAUUGUGGAACCAGUUGUGAUUGUGUUCUUCUGGCUGCUGCUCUGGUUCCUGGGCAUCCAGGCACUGGGACUGGUGGGAACUCUGUGCAUCAUCAUCAUCUACAUCCAGAAGUAAUUGGAGUGGAUGAUCAGAGUGGAGCCUGCUGUUUUUCUGUGUUUAUUGCUUACAUAUGCGGGACUCAUUUCAUGCUAAUGGAUGUUUGGAUUGGAAUCUGCAGUGGAUCUGUGCUUAUAGGGGGGCGGCUGUGGAGAGGGCUACACUGCUCUGUAGUGAUGGGGGCUAAGCAGGUUUCUAGAAAUGGUUUGUUCACUCAGAGUAGAUCCAAAGCUGGGUCCAUUCUUCAAGAUUAUCUGGUCAGGAGCUUCUCCUCCCUCAGUAAUAGGAGAGGUGUUGUCCUGCUGCCUCUGCUGUUAUUGUGAUGUAAUGGUAUUGAUCUGCUGAUUUAGGGAAACAGGAAGAUAUUGCAGGAAAUGGUUUGUCUCUGUUUGUAUCAGAGGCUACAGAGUGAAGACCUGGAGUCCCAGCAUUCAGGAAACAGAACUGCACACAUGUCUGUGUAGCGUGUUUCACUUAAAGAGAUCUUUGUUAACAUACAGUAUGUGAAUGUGGUGUGCAAGCGCAGCACUUAUAUGCCUCCAAUAAUCACUUAUAACAAAACAGUGUCUGAAUGUAACGCUGACAUGCAGUACACAUUAUGUUCUUCUGAAACCUUUUAGCUAUGAAAUAUUUACCUACUUUGAGAUAGAUACUAGGGAUGCACAAUAUAUUGAUGGCUGAUAAAUGACAAAAAGUUAUUAUUGUUAUUCCAUUGUCAGGUAAUGCACAGACUUUUUGCAGCAGCUGUGGAGAGGGAUUCCAUCUGUGAAACUUAAGCCCCGUUUCCACCCAACACUUUCGGUAUGGUACCUUUGAAACCAAAAGUAACCCUUCAGACAUGGUACCUAGACCCUAGGUACAUUUUCAUCACAGACAGUACUCUGAAAUGUGGGCGCGGCCGUUGUCACUCACUGCUUUGUCCACCACUCGCUGUAUUUCCUCGUCCCCGGUGCCACAGAGGGAAGUCUGCACCGCAUUUAUC